AUGAUUGUGGAUGAAGAUGACAUGGAGCUGACCAAAUACUAUAUUCUUUCGAAGCCUUUGAAAGCCAGAAAUCCCGCUCAGUCUACCACUGGCAAGAUUCCGGCCCCUACCGGCAAGUACUGCCCUCUACGAUUGGAACCUUGGACGGAGUGUGCUGUUAAGCAACAAGAAAUCUACAACCUGGUCUGCCAUUACUUAAAGCCAUUGGGUAAAGAUGCACCACGUCUGUUUGCACCGGUCAUUGAGCUGGAGGGGCUGGGACACCGUUUCGCACGUCGGCCCUUGAGCAGCGAGAAGGACCUUGAGAGCUACGAACGUUUCGCUGUUGAAGAUCACGUCCAUGAUAUCAUCUCAGCACUAUGCAAAAUACCGAGUGCUCGCGAUCAACUCGGCUUAGGGGAUGGGGUGUGGUUCGACAACCACGCCAAUGCUCUUGACGAAAGUCCGCCAGACGAAGCAAAUUCGGAGGAACGACCUGCGCGCCCCGACCAGUUCUGUAUCCACCGAGUUGAUGGAGAUACCAGGGCCUUGUUGACUACAGUCGAAUACAAACCGCCGCAUAAACUGUCUAACGAGAACCUUAGGGCGGGACUCCGACCGAUGAACUUUUACCACGAGAUUGUCGAACCAGAAACAGUCCCUACCGACGGACCGGAGAAACUAAGGUAUAACGCCGCUCGCCUUGCUGGCUCUGCGAUCGUUCAGGAAUACCAUGUGAUGAUUCAGGAAGGUCUUGAAUACUCAUACUUGACUACUGGGCUUGGGAUUGUGCUCCUAUGGGUGCCCGACGACUGCUCGACUUUGUAUUACUAUUUGUGCGAGCCGAAUCUCGACGUCGAGAGUGGCAUUGAGGGCCCUCGGACAGCCAUCGAGAGGGUGCUUUGUCUCUGCCUAAUGAGCUUCCGUUCGACCUGUCGGGACCAAACCUGGCGGAAUGCUGCGCGGGCGCAGCUACCAACAUGGGAGAUCAGCUUCAGCCAUGCACGAUCACAGAUUCCACCGGGCGACUCGGAGAUGACGUCAUCUGAAUACCAGCUAUCAUCUCCUUUCGAAUCGCCUGCCUCCCUCGGUCGCCGCCCGUCCACUCGUUCCACUCGCUGUGCCCCUGCCGGGGUCAGCCGUCGAGAGGAUUCUUCGGAGCCUGAUGAUGAUUCAACAUCUGCUGCGCAACGAAAGCGCGGCUAUAGUGAGAUCGCGUCCUCGCGGCCCGCACCGCGCCCCACGCCGACCUACCUAGAGAAUCCCCCUCAACACUAUGCCGGUCAAUCUCGCUCACACUCUCAUGAGUUCUGCACGCAACAAUGUCUUUUGGGUUUGCAGCCCGGCGAUGUCUUAGACCCACAAUACCCGAAUGUGAGACUCCAUCGAGCUGCGCUGAAGACCGACCGUCACCCAAUCCGAGUCGCCGAAUUAGUCUCCUUGGUCAAGCAACAGUUGGACAAGAACAUGGACGAUGGUGGGCAUAAAGUAUCGCAGGAAGCAGAGGUCUAUUGUAUAUUACAGAGCAUCCAAGGCUCUGCAGUGCCGGUGUUUCUAGGGCUCUUGAAUUUGGCCAAGAUCUUUUUCCUCCACGGCGUAGGUGAGAUUCGCCACAUGCUACUAAUGAAGAAUAUUUUGUGGAAUGAAGAACUACGACGAGUAUUGAUUAUUGAUUUCCACCGGUGUCGCUUGAACCAUCAACUGCUACUUCCGAAGCCGACCUCAAGUAGAAAGGAACGCUUGAAGAGAAUGUAUACAGGCAGGGAUGAGCCAAGGACCAAACGCAUGUGUGUCAAUUAG